AUGUUGGCCUCUCGUUUCUCUCCGUCCGUCCGCGUAUUCAGCUCGCGUUCUCUCUCAACCGUCAAAUUGCCGGACCUUUCCUAUGAUUUUGGUGCAUUGGAACCGGCAAUCUCUGGUCAAAUCAUGGAAAUUCACCACCAAAAGCACCAUCAGACAUACGUGACUAAUUUCAAUGCAGCACGGGAGCAAUACGCAGAAGCCGAGAUCAAGAAUGAUCAUGCCAAGAUGCUGAGCUUACAGUCGGCAAUCAAGUUCAAUGGCGGUGGUCAUGUCAAUCAUUCUAUCUUUUGGACUAAUUUGGCACCUUCCAAUCAAGGUGGAAAUGGUGAGCCCGAGGGCGAGCUGCGCAAGGCCAUUGACCUGGAGUUUGGAAGCUUCGAUGCUUUCAAAAAGACAAUGGCAGCUAAGUCAGUGGCUGUGCAGGGCUCGGGUUGGGGCUGGUUGGGUUUCUCGCCUGAGUCUAAGCGCGUGGGCGUCGUUACGACGCCCAAUCAAGACGCGUGCAUCACGACGGGCUAUGUACCGCUGCUGGGCAUUGAUGUGUGGGAACACGCCUACUAUCUGCAGUACAAGAACGUGCGUCCGGACUACCUCAAUGCCAUUUGGGAUGUGGUCAACUGGAAGAACGUGGAGGAACGUUACCUCGCGGCGAAGAAGUAA